AUAAUUAAAAAUUAAUUUUUUUUUUUUUAAAUUUUUUUUUUACAGAAAAAACACAGGUAAUUUAAUUUUAACUUUUUAAUUUUAUUUUUAAUUUUAUUUAUUUUAUUAAAUUUAUAAACAAUGGUAUCAAAUAAAAAUAAUUAUCAUUCAAAAUCACACUCCACCAAUACUGCUCAAUUAUUUUUAUACUCAAGUUAUGGUAAUUUACCAAAUAAUAAUAAUAAUAAUAUUAUCUUAAAUAAUAAUAAUAAUAGUAUUAAUAAUUACCAAGCAAAUCCCCUUAGUUUUUCAACAGGGGGGGUUAAAGAUAAAAUUAAAGAUAUCGAAAAUAGAAUUGUAACAAAUACUUGUAGUAAUAGUAGUAGUAGUAAAACAACACCUUCAUCAUCACCAUUAAAAACCUCAAAUCCAAUAUUAUUAUCACCCCAAUCUCUUCAUAAAUCACCACUAGCUCAUUGUGAAAAAAUUAAUUUAAAUAGUUCAAAUAUAAAUAAUAUUAAUAAUAUUAAUAAUAUUAAUAAUAACAACAAUAAUAUAUAUAAUUACUACAGAUCAUCACCAUUUUCGACCAUUAAUGUAUCUCCCAAUUCACAAAAUAGAAUAAAUAAUACAUAUAGCAAUUCAGUUCAUUUAAUUUUACAUUCCCCUGAUGAAAAAUGUAUAAAACAACCACAACCACAACCACAACCACAAACUCCACAAAAAAAACAAAUUAAAUUUUCUUCACCAAAAUUUUUUAAACAAUUUAAUCAAAUUGAAAAUGAUAGUAAUUUACAUUUAAAUAAUAAAAAUAAUAGUAGUGAUGGAGAUAAUAUUGUAAAAGAAAAAGUUAAAGAUAUAGAAAAUCAAAUAUUAGUUAGUAAUUCAUCAAAUAAUCUUUUAUCAUUAUUAAAAAAUGAAGGUAUUAAUAACACUGUGGAUAAUGAAAAUAAUAGUUUUAAAGAAAAUAAAAAUAUAAUGGAUAAUAGUAAUAACAAUAAUAGUAGUAGCAAUAACCAUAACAAUAACAAUAAUAAUAAUAAUAAUAAUAAUAACAACAAUAAUAAUAUUAGUUAUAAGAAUAUCGAAAAUACUAAUAAUGAUAAAGAAAAUAAUAAUAAUGAUAUCAAUACUAAUAACGAUAACAAUAGCGGUAAAGAAAUAGAAAUUAUAAUUGAUAAAAAAGAAAAUUUAUCAAAAGAACCAGAACAAGAAAUAUUUAAUAACGAAAUAUUACCAGCACAGGAAAAAUCAAUUCUUAACCAAAAACAAACUUUAACUCAAAAGUUAUCAAAUAAUAAUAUUGAAAAAAUUAGACCCAAAGUUAAUCCAAUUGAAUUAAAGUCUAUUGAAAGUAAACUAAAUCAAUUAAAACAAAUGGAUAGAAUUCAUUCACCAUCAUCUCUUGCGUAUUCAUAUUCAUCACCUGCAUUGCCAUCUCCAAAAUUAUGUUUCCAAAAUAGUGAUGGUUUAAAAAUAAAUUCACCUAAUAAUCUUAAAUCCAAUGUAAUAUUAAAUCAACCAUUUAGUCUAGAAAAUAAUUAUAGUAAUAGUAAUAAUAAUAAUAUAAAUAAUAAUAAUUUUAGAAAUAAUGCUUCAAUCAAUACUUAUAGUGUAAAUAAUUGUAACAAUAAUUUAAAUAAUAGCAAUAGAUAUAAUUAUUUUAACAACAAUUAUAAUAUCAGCUAUUUAAAUAUCAAUUACCCAGUAUUACAAAAAAGCACAUCAUCAACAUCAGCAUAUACAUCUUACCAAAACAGUGUUAUAAGUUCAUCUUAUCCAUCAUUUAAAAAUCUAAGAAACCAAAAAGAAGAAGAGGAUUAUUAUAAUAGUUUAUUUCCAAAUACCGAACUAAAAUCAAGUGGCACCAAAACUCUUGAACAAUUAAAUUUAAGUUAUGAACAACUAGAAUCAUUUUUAAAGUGUUACUUUGAUUUACAUUAUCAAUUUUUUACAACAUCUAAAGUAGUAAAUAUAUCACCAUCAUCAUCAUCAAAUAAUAUUUCAAAUUUACACAACAAUGAAUCCCAAAAUGAAAAUUCAAAUGAACAAAAAUCAUUUUAUAGUAAAUUUGAAGUUUAUGAAAAAUCAUUAAAUGAAUUAAAAUCUAGAUUGGCUGAAGUUUAUAUCAAAUUCCAAAAAAGAAAUAACCUCAAAUAUACCAAAGAGAUUAGUAAAGAAUUUAGCGACGUUCUUUACAAUGUAUCAAAACAUAUUGAAAAUUAUAUUCCAUGCUCAGCGAUUUUUGAAGGUGAUU